UUAAAUGCUUUCCGACAAAAAUCCUUGCAAUAUAUAUUCGACAUUUCUCGCUCACAAAGAAACUAAAUAGACAUAAAGAAAAAGGCAACUACAGUCCCAGCGAAGUUACAAUGGGUAACACCUUAGGAGGGAAGAAAACAACAAAGAUAAUGAAGAUCAACGGCGAAACAUUCAAGUUAAAAACUCCGGUUGAGGCCGGUGAAGUGACCAAAGAUUACCCAGGUUUCGUCUUGUUAGAAUCGGAAUCAGUUAAGCAUUUCGGAAUCCGCGCUAAACCCCUAGGAGACCACCAACAACUUAAAGCUAAAAGGCUUUAUUUUCUAGUAGAGCUUCCAAAGUUUCCUCACGAAGAACAAGCACCUAUUAUAAGAAAGGUGAGGUCCGGGAUUGUGAUGAGUGCUAAAGACCGGCUCGAUAGCUUGGUGCUAGCUAGGCGCUCGGUGUCGGACCUUUCCUUGUUGCGACCCAAGAGCAAUUUUAGUGUGGAGGAUGGUCAGGGAAGCUCCGGAAUAAAUGGUUCGAGAACGAAGAUUAAAAUGAAAUUACCCAAGGCAGAUGUGGAGAAGUUGAUGAGGGAAAGUAAAAAUGAGACUGAGGCUGCUGAGAAGAUCAUGCAACUUUAUUUGAGUACUCGUUCGGAUGAUAACAAAGUUUGUGAUCACGGGCGAGUGCAUAGGAUGGACGGUGCUCAAGGGAGGAUCAGCCGUGAGAGACGAGUGGGUUUCAUGCCUAUCAACGAGGGCGAGAUUCAAGUGGCAUGAAAUUUAGCUGAUGCUGCAGGAUGCAACGUAUAUAUAUAAUUUAUUGGAUACUCAUGUUCUUUCUGGCUAUAUCUCUCUCCAACUUUGUGCAGAGGUCUCCAAUAACGAAGAACAUGUGCUUAUUAAUUGGUUACAUAAUCUAGCAAGUUAUAUAACUUGAUUUACUGA